AUGCAGCAAAAUCAACCACAACGUUCGGCAACCUCGGCACAAACAAUUGAGCCACUGAAUGUCGAGUCCACCCCUCCAGAUACAGAGCCAAAUUACCCAACAGGCACCAAGUUUUGGUUCACCGUAAUAGCGCUGUGUGUAAUCCUGAUUCUCGGGGGCCUGGACGCCAACAUUGUCGCAACAGCUGUCCCGAGCAUCACCAACCACUUCCAUACUCUCGCCGAUGUAGGAUGGUACUCCUCUGCAUUCCGACUCUGCACCUGUGCAUUCCAGUUCGGGUUUGCAAAGCUGUAUACACUCUUCUCUAUUAAGAUUGUCUUUAUGACAAGCAAUGUUAUAUUCCUUGUCGGCUCUGUACUCUGUGCCACAGCGGCUUCAUCGACGAUGUUUAUUGUAGGGAGAGCAGUGACAAAUCUAGGGUUUGCGGGUGAGCUUGCGGGCUGUUUUGCAGUCCUCGCCCAUAUUCUCCCGCUUAACAGACGUCCAGUAUUUGCGGGGUUAAUGGCGUGUGUAGAGUCGCUUGCCAUCAUUGCGGCGCCUAUAGUGGGUGGUGCACUAACGCAAUCUCUGGGGUGGCGAUGGUGUUUCUGGAUCAACCUUCCUAUUGGCACGGUAUCGCUAGCGGUCAUGUUCUUCCUCUUCUCAGACCCAAGAAGUCGCCAAGAGGACGACCUCACACUGACUCAGAAGAUCAGAGAGCUCGACCUCGUUAGCAACUGCUUGUUCAUUCCCUCCCUCACAGCGCUAUUUAUCGCACUCUCUUGGGCAGGAACCAAGUAUCCCUGGUCCGAUGGGAAGGUGAUUGGACUAUUCGCUGUAUUUGCUGUGCUACUCACUGUCUUUCUCCUCAAUCAAUACCGACGAGGAGACUCCGCAGCGCUCCCCUUCCGCAUUAUCAAAAGCCGAAACGUCAUCGCAGGUUUCAUCUUCACUACGUGCACAAAUUCAAUGACCAAUGUCUUGGAGUGGUACUUACCAACAUACUAUCAAGUUGUUCGAUCCCGGAGUCCAAGCGAGAGCGGCUACCUGAUGAUUCCCAUUCUUGCCGGAAUGAUGCUCGGGCUCUUGAUACAGGGUAUCGGUACUACAACCUUCGGUUACUAUGCUCCUUUUAUGAUCUUUGGCUCCGUGUGCAUGCCAAUUGCCGCCGGCUUGAUGACAACAUACAAUCCCCACACAUCCCUUGCCCAGAUUAUCUUCUAUUCGGGAUUAGCCGGUUUCGGUGGGGGAAUUGGCUUCCAAGGCCCCCAGGCAGCUAUCCAAACAACGUUAAGUUCCGCAGAUCUCAAUCUUGGGAUCGGGGUCAUCCUGUUCGGGCAGAGCAUGGGUCCGGCCGUGUUCAUCGCUAUUGCACAGGUUAUAUUCACGAAUCAGUUGUCGUCCACGUUAGAAGAUGUUGUACCCGGGCUGACACCUGCCUAUAUUGCCGAGCGCGGACUUGGCGAUAUCAAGAACAUGGUGCCUAUGCCGCGGUGGGAUGAGGUCUCGCGUAGUAUCGAUCGGAGUUUGACUCAUACGUGGUACCUUUCUGUCGCGCUGGGUUGCACGACAAUUGUGGGAAGUCUUUUGAUUGAAUGGCGUUCGGUUAAGCAGAAACAGUCGUGA